CAUGAAUCCUGUUAUUCCGUACGACAUCUUUUUGUUAAUGAAAUCCCUUAAAAACACUCAUAGUUCUGGUUAUGAUAAUAUUACUACAUCGGCAAUUAAAUCGGUAGCACUUAUUAUAAGCCCAGUACUUAGCCAUAUCAUAAACUUAUGUAUAGAACAUGGCGUUUUCCCAAGCAAACUAAAAAGAUCUGUCAUUAAGCCACUCUUUAAGAAAGACGAUAAAGAAAACAUUGCUUGUUAUAGACCGGUAUCUUUACUUCCCAUUUUUUCCAAAAUUAUAGAGAAAAUGAUUUACGAAGCUAUUAACUCCUACUUUGAAAAACAUAAUUUAUUUACACAAGAGCAAAAAGGUUUCAGAAGAAAUAAAUCAAUUAAUAUGGCUGUACAUGACCUAUUAAAACCUAUAUAUUACAAUUUAGAUAAUCGAACUCCUACUGCUACACUGUACAUGGACAUGACUAAAGCGUUUGAUUAUGUGGAUCAUAAAACCCUUCUAGAUAAAUUAAACGCUUACGGAAUUAGAGGCAAUGUCCAUAAAUUAUUAAAAUCAUAUUUAACUGACAGAUAUCAAAGGGUUGAAAUAGACAACAUAUGUCCACUGAGUAGGACAGUACAAAGCUAUCACUCAAAUUGGAUGAAAAUGCAAUUCGGUGUACCUCAAGGCAGCGUACUAGGGCCGCUCCUUUUUCUAAUUUAUAUUAAUGACUUCCCUAAAGCCAUAGAACAUCCGAUGAUUCUCUUUGCCGAUGAUAGCACCGUCAUCUUCACAGAAAAAGAAUUAAACUCCUUAGAGUCCGAUAUUAACACUACUCUUAAGCUAGUUAUAGAAUGGUUAUUAAGAAACAAUUUAGUAAUUAACCUAAAUAAAACAAAAAUUGUCACAUACCCACAAGAAAUACAACACUCUUUGAAAAUAGAAUAUGAUGGGACACAUAUUGAAGAAGUGAAUAGUACUAAAUUUCUGGGUAUUUGGAUUGAUAAUGAUAUGAAAUGGCAAACACACAUUGAUACAAUAUGUAAAAAAUUAAACCAAUAUACGUAUGCCUUGUAUAAGUUAGCGAAAGUAGUAGACCAAUCAGCUGUACUGACAGCUUACCAUGCAUAUGUGGCGUCAACCCUUAGAUAUGCUUUAAUAUUCUGGGGAAACGCCACUAAUACAGAGUACGUAUUUAAAGCACAAAAGAAAUGUGUGCGUGCUAUAGCAAACAUUCAUGUACCAGACUCAUGUAAGCCUUUCUUUCAAAAGUUAAAAAUCAUGACUUUUACAUCGUUGUAUAUUUAUGAGGUAGCGAUUUUUGUCAAAACGAAUAAACAUCUGUUUGCAAAACCGCAAUCUGUUAGGAAUACUUUAAAGAUCUCUUCGCUACCUCAUAGAACUGCCCUUUAUGACAAGAGUUUUUUUAGUAUGUCAUCAAGAAUAUUUAAUAAACUACCUAUAAAAAUUUUGAAGACAAUAGAUUUACAUGAUUUUAAGCAAAAAUUGCAAGUAUUUUUAUUAGAUAAGGCUUACUAUAGUAUGUCAGAAUAUUUAGACGAUAACUUUAGAUAAUUAAGUAGAAUAGAGUUCAAUAAUUAUAAUUUAAGUUAUUUUUAUUUUUAUGUAGAUUAUACUUACACCUAAUAUUUGUACGCUUUACUAGCAGGACAUAGUGAUACAUUUAUUAAUAUUAACUUAUUAAUCUUUGUUAACCUAUGACCACAAAUAAUAAAUAAAUAAAUAAAUAAAUAAAUACGGUGUGCUGUAAGUCCUCACGACCUCCUCGCCCUCAAGUGGACUCCACGACGGAGAAGACCCACGGGCGGACACGGGGUGACAACUGGACAUCUAGACUCGACAUCUAGAAGUCGAGUGGGUCGGAUUACAUCUUACCAUUCGUUCUAAGAGACGCAUACGACUGGGUUGGUCGGCAUUUGAGAAAUUCCGUGCAAUCCUCACCUCGCAAAUUCCUCAAUGCCUGAAGCAAAAGUCUUUAACCAGUACAUUCUCCCCGCGAUGACCUACGGCGCGGAAACCUGGACACUGACGGCAGGACUGGCCCAUACGUUAAGAGUCGCACAGCGGGCGAUGGAGAGAGCUAUGCUAGGUAUUUCUCUAAGGGACAAAAUCCGGAACAAAGAAAUUCGACGGAGAACCAAAGUCGACGACAUAGCUCGCAAAGUUAGCAGGCUGAAGUGGCAAUGGGCCGGUCACAUCUGUCAAGCCAGCGACGCCAGGUGGGGGAGGAAAGUCCUCGAAUGGAGGCCACGGAUGGGUACAAGGAGCGUGCGGCGUCCUCCAACCAGGUGGACUGACGACUUAGUGCGCACGGCGGGAAGUCGUUGGAUGCGGAAGGCGGAGGACCGCAUUAUGUGGAAGGCAUUGGGGAAGGCCUAUGUCCAGCAGUGGGCAGAUAAAGGCUGAUGAUGAUGAUGAUGAUUCGUUCUAAAGAUGUUCGCCACUAACUUGACGUAUCAGUAGGUACCGAAAAGGAUUCAUUUUCGUGGAAGACCGCCCAUGUCCACUGUAUAUCCGACAAGAUUGGCUACAGGCACACCACAAUAACUCGCUUGCGUUCCAAGGUAAUCGAUGCGCAGCUGCUCCGGUAGCUUGAAAUCGCCAGCUUGCCAGACGUUCAUUGGUGACCUUGUUAUGUAACCUCUUCACCGACAGGCUGUGGCUUUGAAGAAUCCUUGUAAACUUUGGUGUGACGAAUGUUUUCGACUGCACCUGGCAUAUGGCAAUACUGUCGAAGCAACUAAAAUAUGGAAUCAUUUUUUUUUUCCUACCUAUUCUAGUAACCUCGAGGGGUUAUUCUAGAUUCGCCGAGCUUCUAGGUGAGCUCAAACCUGACGUCGUUGCUAACACGAACUCUAGCGAGAGCUAUGCUUCACAGAAUCUACCACCGGAUCAGAAACGCGACCCACUGAGAAGAUCCGACGAGAAACUCAGUGGGCUGUGUCUGUUGGGUAAUUUGCUCGUCGAGCCCUUCGUGGCAAGCGACCUGUUCGACUAGAACGGUGACCGGUGCUUGAGGUACCUAAAAGCACCGUUAGUGGAUCGGGAGGAUCCGAAAUGACGUGUUUUGGGCGACGUCGACUGCUUUCCAUUCGGUCCGCAGGAUCGGAAAUGUAGUUACCGGCGGCCACGAUGAGAGCAACGGGUUCUCGUGUCGUGCCGCUUUCUCGAAAUGGCAUUGAUGCCGACUGUAGAUACUUAAUGAUUGAUUCUAGGUCCAGGUCAUCAUGCAAGUCGAUGUUCCUGACGAACCACGGGGCUCCGACUGCUAUUCUGCAGAAACGGGAUUGAAUUAUUUGAAGGGGUUUUACAUCGAUAUAUUACCACGUGGUAAUAUUAUAUCGAUGGGGUUUUAAGUCAGAGCGGGCUGCGUGAGCGAACACUACACUUGCAUAGGUCAUGACGGGGAUAUGGAAUCCCCGAGGGACCCUCUGAUUGGAUCGCCAUCUUUUUGGAUGGACGGAGUAACAAAGUUGCAUAGACGUCUGCUACUCCUUUACCACGAUUUAUGAUGCUGGCUCCACAAAGAAGAUGCUUUUACCCCAAACCUUUCAUUUCACUUAAUAUCUACAGUGCUCAGUAAUGUAGAUGGUGAAUUUAUUUGAAUACCACCAAUAGACGGCGUUAGUUGUAAAAUUAAAGUGUGCUAUCGUUGUGUUCCCAAAAAAUAUAUACUUAUGAGAAGUGAUAUAUUGAUUUAAUUGCAGUUCGUGGAACAACCAAUGGUGUUUCACUCACCUGAAUCCCCCAUAUAAUGGACAGAUGCUCGUCCAAGGAGCUAAAGCUCCAAAAGGAGUCUUUACCACUUAGAAAGGCUGCGUUCAUCGAGAGUACAUUUUAAUUAAUCGUUAUUGCCGCGUAAUAUUCGGUUCUGGAAUAAAAUCCUUACCCAGAAGACUAUGACAUGUCCUUCUUCAACCGAACUUCGAAAGGCGGCCUCAGCAGUAGAUCACUAAUCAGCUGUGGCACAGAUAUUGCUAGUGACUAUCAGUGAUGGACUCUUACUAUCAGAUAGACCGUUAGCUUGUCUGCCUAGAGUAACUGUUACUAACCACCCAUAAAAUGUGGCGCGUGAUCUAGCGAUAGUCACAUAUAGCGAAACGUGAGGCAGUUAGCAGUUACACUGAGUCAUUUCAUAAAAGUGUGAUUGAAGUCAGUAGUCACAACUAAGCCGGCGCCGGUGCGCAGAUCCUGUAGACCGGUACCAAUUUCUAUGGCUAACGACUUGUACGGUGAAGGAAAAUCAUCGUGGUGGUGGAUGAUAUUGAUGUCGGUAUGAUGUCUGUGGCCGCUGGUGGCCUCUUAACACCGAGUGCUGCCGGACGAAAUAUUUGAAACGUUGGAAAUAAUAAACUUGAACGUAAACCUAAUUUAAUGAAGACUAUAAUUUUAUUGAGACACUAACCCCAAGUCUACCAAGAAGUAAAAGCGAGAUGAGAUUGUGGAUCAAAAUUAAACCAUCCAACGCUGAAAAAAUAGGUAAUGAAAAAAUAUUAAAAAACGUAAAAAGGAGCAAAAGAACGGGAAUUUCAACAAUUUUGCUGUGAAUACUGUGAUGUAGAAUAGACACUAAUGGGAAUUUUGCAAGAUUAUGUCAGAGCUGGCGGUGGUCAUGAUGACGAAGGAACAAAGCUAAACAUACACAAAUCAAAGUACCGCGGCGGGUGCGGCUGCACCGCGCGACUGCCGACCGACAAUCGGCCGGAGCUGGCGCGCGUGGCCGCAGCCGAGGCGCUGGGCGCUGCUUUGCUCGUGCUGCUCUCGUGUUUUCCAUCCUGUCUGCCCACGCCUCUCAGCUCCACGCACACUGCGCUCGCCAGCGGUUGUGUUGUCGCUAUGCUGGUUCAGGGCUUGGAUCACAUCUCGGGCGCGAUGAUGAACCCGACGGUGACGCUGGCAGCCGUGGUGUGGGGUCGGGUGUCUGCGGUGCGCGCGAUCGUGAUGUUCGCGGCACAGCUGGCGGGCGGAGCAGCGGGCGCCGCGGCUCUGGCCGCGCUGGUACCGGCGGGCGGUUCGCUGGCGGGGUGCCUGACGGUGCCGGCGCCCGGUGUUUCGACGGCUCGAGCGGUGGCGGUGGAGGCGGUGUUGGGCGCGUGCCUGGCGCUCGUCAACUGUGCCGCGUGGGAUCCGCGCAACCAACACCUGCGUGACUCAUGGCCGCUCCGGAUCGGCACGUCCGUGGCGGCCAUGUCCCUUGUUGCGGGCACGCUGACGGGCGCCAGCAUGAACCCGGCCCGCAGCCUCGCCCCCGCGGUCUUAUUGGGGCAGUUCCAUCACCACUGGGUGUACUGGGUGGGCCCGCUGAGCGGCGGCGCCGGCGCGGCCGCGCUGUACUGCGCGCUGUGGCGCCCGCCGCCCCCCCGCGCCGCCCCCGCCCCCGCCCUGCCGCGCCCUCUCUCCAAGCACUGCACUGCCGCGUGCUGCUCCCGGGAAGACUGGCGGGCGCCCGGGGGUGGCGGGUGACGUCACGUGCCAACGUCUCUACAUUUACAAUAACUGCAAAUGACACAAACCUGUACUAACUAUGUUACAAUAAGUCUUCACCGCUACUCUGUAAAUGUGGUAAUUAUUUAUUUACUAUAGGUCACGCCCGGUUUCUACGAGUUAUUGUAGUUUUCGUUGAUAAUUAUACAUUAAUGAGUAAUGCCUGCUGAUGUUUUUAUAUAUUUACUAGCAGCCCGCCCAGGCUUUGCCCGGGUAUUUAACUAAAAAAUCAAAAUAAAAAAUUAUAAUGCACACAUAUAAACCCUUCUAUUUGCGUGAGGUUAUAAAAAAAAAAAUUAUAAAGUGAGUUUGAAUAUUAUUAUUUUAAUGAACUUUUGUUUUUAUUUUCAUGAUGUUUUUGUUACAUUUUAUUAAAUAAUAAUUUACUUAUUAUUAAUUUUUCCUUAAAAAUAUCGCACAUACAAAAGAAAAGCCAUCAAAUUAAUUGAAUCAGUUACUUCCCUGUAAACGAUAUUAGACGUUGUUUUAUUUUUUUAAAGAUUAGAACACUUAUUGUGACAUAACUUUAACAGACAUAUGCUGACCGGAAUAUUUUUGUAAAUAAUGAUGUGUGAAUGUCGUAUGUAUAUACUAUAUUAUUUUUAUUCAUUAUAUAUAUAAUGAUAUUGGGUACUCCAGAAUAAAUAAACAAUAAAAGACUUAAUUGCGUUUUCUGUUAUGUGUAUAAUGAGAAAACAACAUUUAAAGCCCUUAAUUUAAUAAAAUUAUUGUUUUUAACAAACUGAACUUUCUUUUUACUGAAUGUCAAACUUCACUGAAUGACAUAUAAGAAAAAUCCUUUUUAUAAAACUAAAGAGUUUUAGACUAUGAAGGUUUUUCUUUACAUCUCCCCCCCUUAGGGAAACAAUUACGUGUAAUUGUUCAUGUAGGAACUGAUACUGGAGAUAAUUUUGUAAUGUGAUAGAGGUUCGAUUCCACUUUUUUGUGUCCGAUAUCAACUAAAUAUAUUGAAUUUGAAAUCUUUUUUAGAAUUUUGAAAGGUCCAAUUCUCAGUUCAUCCAUUUUUUUCCUAUUUAAUCGAUUUCCAUUUUCUACAUAAAUCUGGUCUCCAACUUUCAGUUCACAUUCUUUUCUAUUAAUAUCAAAUGCUUUUUUGUUAUAUUUGUGAGAUUUAACUGUAUUCUCAAAAGCUAAUUUUCUGUCUCUCUCAAGAUCUUCAAUUGUACCAUUUGCUUUUGGUUUCAGUGGUAAAACAUCCACAUUUUUACCUUCCAAAAGGUAUUUAGGGGCAAACCGCGUGACCGUGUGUUCAGUUUCAUUGUAUUUUUCCACACAUUUCUGUGCAAUCGAUGUCCAUGCUAUUUUUUUAUUGUUUUCAUUAAUUUUACAUCGAAUCUUAUUAACUAAAGUUUGAUUCAAUCUCUCAUUAAACCCAUUCGAAAAUGGUGCAUCUACAGCAGUGAAAACCAUUGUAAUAUUUUCCUUUUUCAGAAAAUCUUUAAAUUCUUUCGAAUUUAUGCCAGGAUAUUGGUCUGUUAAUACCAUGUCAAUAUUAUAGUAUUGUGUCACACUUUGUAUAAGUUUUAUAAAAUCUCCAGAGUUUUGGUUCUUAGAUGUUAAAAUAAAUGCAUAUCUCGUAAAAUGAUCUACUAAAAGAUGCAUAUAUUUUUUGUAGAUCGUGACCCUCCUAAACCUCCAACUGUGUCAAUAGAUACUAUCUCGAAUGGACGUGUUGCUGGACCCAAAUGUGACAUUAAUCCAAAUCUUGACUUCCUUCUUGACUUAUUCCUUAUACAAAUUUCACAAUUUUCACAAAUAUUUUUAAUGUUUGCGAUCAUAUUUUUGGCCUCGUAAAAAGGCGUAAUUUUUUGUAUUAAUUGCGAUCUCCCUAUAUGGCAGUAGCUGGUGUGAACAACUUUUAUGAAAUUCUUACUAAAUUCUUCUGUAAGUACGAUUUUUUUCUUCUUCUGUUCAACUUCUAAUAUAUUCCAUUUUCGAAGAUAUGUUUUCCUUUUCGUAGAUCUGUAUUUGUGUUCUGAUCAUUUUUUAUGUCAUUUAGGCUUAUUAAAUUUACCACUCUUAAAAAAUCAUCAGCGUUUUCAUAAGACUCUAGAACAGGAUUUCUGCUCAAACAAUCAGCUUCCUGACUCGAUUUUCCUGGAUAAUAUUUUAUUUCAAAAUUAUAUUGAGAUAAAUAGUUCAUCAAAUCCCCUAGUUCUUCAUCAGUUCUGGCUCUAACAUUCAUAUUCUCUAAUGGUUUAUGAUCUGAAUAUACUAUAAAUUCUCUUCCCAUAAGCAAGUGCUGCCAAUAUUUCACAGCUUCUUUUAUUGCCAGACAUUCUAGAUAUAUUGCCUUCUUUUUCUUUUGGGCCUCUGUUAGUUUUUUUGAAAAAUAAGAAACAGGUUUACUUAUACCAUUUUUUUCUUCUUGUUUUAGCACCGCUCCCACUCCUUUGAUACUUGCAUCCGUGUAAAUAUUUAUCGGUAAUUCAGGAUCGAAAAUCUUUAAAACUGGUUCUGAACAUAGCAGUUCUUUUAUUUUAUCAAAUGAUUUCUGACAUUCUGUAGACCAGAUAAACUUCACAUCCUUUCGUAACAGAUUGUGAAACGGGUCUAGUAUAAUUGCACUAUGAGGUACAAAUUUUUGGUAAAAGUUUACUUUUCCUAAGAAUUGACGUAUAUUUUUUUCUUGUUUCUGGAACUGGGAACUUUUUUACAGCGGUUAAGUAAUCUUUCAGAGGUUUAACUGAAUUAUUUUCUAUUAAAUGACCUAAAUAUUUGGCGGAAUUAUUUGCAAAACUGCAUUUCGAAAAUUUCAGUCUAAAUACUUCUGUUAGUAUUGCUUCCAGUAGUCUUGAUAGGUGCAUCAAAUGCUCUUUAAAAGUUUUCGAAAAAAUUAAAAUGUCAUCUAUAAAAUUCACUACAAAACUCGAAAGUUUAUGUUUCCUAAUUACGUUACUCAAUAUUCUUUGGAAAAUGGCAGGCGCUGUCUUUAUUCCAAAUGGAAGACACGUCCAUUGAAAAUGACUUUCUUGUGUAACAAAUGCAGUUUUGUAUCUGUCUUGAAUGUUCAUUGGAAUUGACCAAAAAGCUGAAUUUAUGUCAAGGGUUGAAAAAUAUUUACAAUUUACAGUUUUUACCAUCAAAUCCUCUAUCAAUGGAAAUGGUUGUAAUUGGGGUACAAUUAUUUUGUUCAAUUCACUGAAAUCUAUACAUAGCCUUGAUUUUCUCCCAUCUUCUUUUUUAUAUGCCAGAGUUACUGGAGCAGCAAAUGAGCUGUAAGACUCCUUGAUCAAAUUCCUUUUUAAUAGUGUUGAUAUUUGGGUUUCUAUUUAUUUUCUAUCUUCAACCGUGCAUCUGUAGGGACGUUUGAAACAAUACUUAUCCACCAUUAAGUCAAUAUGAGCUUCAUAAUCUUUUACUGUCCCCACGUCAUACUUAUCUUUGGCGAAGACUGCUUUGUAUUUUUCUACUAAUUUAUUAAUUUCCGACUGCUGGUAGGCAUCAAAAUGGCUUACAACUAUUUCAAAUCCUUCCGAGUUUAUGUGUUCAUUAAAGUUAAUCUCACCAUUGUGUGUAGAAUUAAUUUCUUUUUUUAAUACUUCAGGUUCUGAAAAACCUCCUUCAUUUCUGUUACAUAGUACAUUAGGAAUUUCGACAGUUGUAGGAGAAUAAUUAUAGCUUUUUUUAUCUUUCAGAUUUUCUUCUGAAUUGUAGCAUUGUUUAAUUUUUAGUUCUUCCGUUUGUAUUAGUUUGAAUUUUUUUAUACAAUCCAAACCAAUUAAAAAAUCAUAAUUAAAGUUUACGUUAUCUAUUAUAAAUACAUCCAUAAAACCUUCAAUAUUAUAGAUUUUUAUUUUUAAUGUUACAAUACCUUUUGUUUUCUUCUCACCAUUAAUAGUUUUCAAAUAAACUUUUUCUAUAUCACCUGAAUUUUCUUUGGGUUGUAUUUUUAAUAAUUUUGCAUUGAUCAAAGACACAUUUGACCCAGAAUCAUAAAUUCCAGAUACUUUUAAAGUAUCAUUUAAUAUUAACUUGACCUUUAUUAAUGGUGGCACCUCUAGUUUUUUGGAUUCUUCUCAUUUAAUUCGAUUUCCAAUUCAGAAUUAUUUAUGUAUCGUACAACUGUUUCUUUAUUAUUUUCCUUAAACCAACAGCUUUCUUUGGGAUGGUAGCGUUUACCUUUUUUUUCCUUUAAACAUAUUAAGCAAGGUUUUGUUUCUUUAUUUUUUCUAUAAUAAUAUGUAGUAUCGGAAUAUUUAAUAUCAAAUUUAUUAUCAAAUUUAUUUUUCCCAACAAGAUGUUCUAGUUUUCCGAUUUCAUUAUAAAGAUCUUCUGUUCCCUGUAUGUUUUCCCUAUCUAUUUUGUCAGCAACAUAAUAAGUUAAUCCGAAUGCUAUCAGGUCUAUGAGUGUCCCAGUAUCAAUCGACUUCCUGACUUCUAGCAAAAAUUUUUCUUUUUUUAAGGCAUAGUCUAUAUAUAGUCUAUAUAUAUCUAUAUAUAGUAUAUAGUCAUAGUAAGGCAAGCAUUUUUUCUAAUAAUUUUUCAACGUUCUGAUUCGAAUCGUCAAUUAUAGACUUAGCAUUGCUCUCCAAAAUUUCUUCCAAAUAAAAAUCAUCAAAUUGUAAAUUUUGAUCCUCGUCUAAAUAAAUUUUUGACAUAUCAUUUGUCAAAGUAAUCCAUACUUAUCUGGUUUGGUGUCUUUUGUUUAAAGAUUUUUUUACCUUUGCAUAAUUUGAAGUUUUUGUAAUUUCUUCAUGAAAGUUGGCAUUUUGAUAUUCGGUUGGUAUCUCAAAAAUCUGUCCAUCAGGUGUAGCAAUUGAAGUUAUGCAUAUAACAUUUGAUUUUCCAUCUUCCGUUGAUUUCACAGCAAAAUCAAACCUUAAUUUUUCUAUUUUAUUCAUGGUGUUGCAAAAAAUGUUGUUUUAUAAUGAUAUUGGGUACUCCAGAAUAAAUAAACAAUAAAAGACUUAAUUGCGUUUUCUGUUAUAUGUAGGUAUAAUGAGAAAACAACAUUUAAAGCCCUUGAUUUAAUAAAAUUAUUAUUUUUAACAAACUGAACUUUCUUUUUACUGAAUGUCAAACUUCACUGAAUGACAUAUAAGAAAAAUCCUUUUUAUAAAACUAAAUUAAUUAUAAUGAAUAUGACUAAGGGUAAGUCUCCCGGUCAUGACCACCUCAGCAUUGAGCACUUUCAACACGCUGGUUCGCAUUUACCUAGAUUACUAGCGCUCUUAUAUACCUUCUGUAUCAGACAUUCGUAUCUGCCCGGGGCGUUAAUGAGAACGGUCGCUGUCCCGAUUUUAAAAAAUAAAACAAGCGACGUAUCGGAUCGUAACAACUAUCGGCCGAUCUCCCUGGCAACCAUAACUGCUAAGGUACUCGAUGCAGUGCUCGAGCGGCAGGUGAGUGAUCAUCUUAAAUUAAGUGAUGCUCAGUUCGGUUUUAGACCGAUGUUAUCUACCGAGUGUGCAAUCCUGUCGCUAAAGCAUGUGGUGGGAUACUACACGGAGAGGAAUACGCCUGUUUAUGCAGUGUUUCUCGAUCUUUCGAAGGCUUUCGACCUAGUCAGGUACGACUUGUUGUGGGGUAAGUUGAGGCAGACGGGCGUACCGGGACCUUACGUGGACUUGUUCUCCCAUUAAUACGAGUAUCAGACCAAUCAGGUAAGAUGGUCAAACACACUUUCGGAGGAGUACAGGUUGGAAUGCGGGGUGAGGCAGGGGGGCUUAACCUCACCGGCGCUUUUCAACCUGUAUAUUAAUGAGUUGAUCGAGGCACUCGGUGACGCACGUGUCGGCUGCUCGAUUGAUGGUCACUGUGUGAACAGCAACAGUUACGCUGACGACAUGGUGCUGUUGAGCCCAUCGAUCGGUGCUCUCCGGCGGUUGUUGUCCAUCUGUGAGAGGUACGCGGAAUCUCACGGGCUCCGCUAUAAUGUUAAAAAAAGUGAACUGCUCGUCUUUAAGGCAGCAAAGACAAAACCGACUUAUGUGCCACCAGUGACGCUCGGAGGUACUCCACUGAAGAGGGUUACUGAGUUCAAAUACCUUGGCCAUAUUGUAACUGAGCACCUUAAAGAUGAUGCAGAUAUUGAAAGGGAACGGAGAGCGUUGGCUGUCCGCUGCAGUAUGCUGGCCCGCAGGUUCUACCGUUGUACCGCACAGGUUAAGGUAACCUUGUUCAAGGCGUUUUGCCAGUCCUUAUAUACCUGUACCCUGUGGGCUCGAUAUGCGCGGCGGGCAUACAAUGCUCUCCGAGUGCAAUAUAAUAAUGCUUUCAGGAUGUUGUUGGGGCUCCCGCGGUACUGUAGCGCAUCAGGUAUGUUUGAGGAUGCUCACGUGGAUGACUUUUCAUCAAUCAUCCGCAAACGAACGGCCUCACUGAUGCGUGGGGUUCGUGCGAGUACUAAUAAUAUCCUGAUGGUUAUAGGUAAUAAACCCGAAUGUGCUGUUUUGAGACACUGGGUUCAUAUACAUACCCAUAUACCAGGUGCCUCAAAGCAGCGCAGAUUUAUGAAUUAAAUGUUUAAAUGUUUUAAUUGCUAAUUUUAAUUUUAAUUUUACUAACAUAGUUCUAAGUAUUAUUCUACUUACAACAUAUGGACUUAAGAGGGUCUGAAUUAAAUGAAUUUUAUUUUA